AUGGCACCUGUUUUGUUAGACGAAUCGGACGAGUUACAAGCGCUGCAGGGAAAACCCGGUGUGUUUAAAGUAAUACAGUUCAAUGCAUCGGAGCAGCCAUCCACCUCAGAACAGGCAUCGGAUAUUACUUCACUUAGGCGAUCUAAACGGAAGUGGCCGCUGGAGCUUUGGGUGAUAAAGGUAUCCGGUGCUGAGUCCACAGCAGGGAACAUGAGAAUUUCACAGUUGAAAACCACUACUUCUGCAACGUCUCGUGUUGGCUUGUUUUCAGAGCCUCAUGCAAGCGAAUGCUCCCAAAGGGUGUCCAAAGACCUAUGCGGAAUAUUUGAGCGAAAGGGUGAUCCUGCGGAAGGGGAAGGGUUAGUUAAUUAA